AUGUCAUACCAAAUCCCCCCAUCACUCAAUGUCAAGCCACUCCCUCAAUGCACCUAUGCCACCACUUCUACGGUGUUCAAUAGUAGCUCGUCGAUUCAGAAGACUCUCCAGUCAUCAUCCUCAUUGAAUGAGGAUGAUAACGUAUCAGAGUUUGGCGCUUCACUUCAAUCAUCUUUCUCUGGGGAUAUCACUGUGGCAACGGCUCAAUCAAUGACAACAAGUUCAACUCAACACAUCAUUCUCACGCAACUCAAUUGCUCGACCACUUACAUUGAAAUGGACACAGACCAAAUCAGAUUCGAUCCCAACUUCCUCAAUGACCUUGCCUCAAUCGAACAGGAGACUGAUUUGUUUGCCAUUUUCAAGAAGUAUGCGAAUCGUCAGACAAUUGGCAAGCAAGUUCACAAGCAAGUUUUGGAGAAUCUGUCAAGGAACCAAUGUUCCAUGAGAGUGACACUGUCAAGGUAG